CCAGCCAUAGCUUUGUCCCCAUCGUCCGACAUACCUCCUACCUCCGUCUUCUUCCUCCUUCUGAUCUUCCUCCCUCUUCCUCCUCGGAAAGCGAGGAGAACGACGACGAUCCAACUCUCUCUCCUCUUUCUCCCUCUUGUCCUUCGUCCUCCUCUCCCACCUCGCCAUGAGUUUUAUCACGGAGCGGGUUCUUGACGCGCAGCUGUUGCAGCCACGUGGCCACAUCUCAGAGAUUCGGCAAGUUUGUCACCCUCGGCUCAAUGCGGAUCUUCGGCGUCUGAUGCGAUUCUUCUGCGACAAUGGUAUCUGUGCCGCCGCCGCGUUUCGGAUCGAAGGAAGUCCUCACGCAGUGGUAUUUGUGGAGGUGACGUGGACGGGCACCAGUGAGCAUCCCACGUGGAUCGAGAAUCCGGAGCUGCUGAUCAUACAGGCUUGGAGGACUAUCGAGGAAGGAGAUCUUCUUGGCUUUCUCUUCAAAUCGGUACAGCCGGGUCGACGCCACCUGAUUGCGCAGGAGCUUAUCGCACCAAUCGUGCAAUUGGCAGACGAUCUCUCGCUCGACAUCUAUUUUCAGAGUGACGACAAUCCUGCUCCGUACAUUUUCGAGCGAUCAUUGGACCCGUGCCUUCAGUGGACCGCGUGCUUGGAGGAACCUAGGGACAAGGAUACGUUACCAUCACAGCAGGAAUAUCUGAAGCCGUACGAGAUCAUCCCUCACGCCUUCUAUCCGAGGGCAGAGGAAGUGGUGAUCGACGACGACGACGACGAAGAGGAAGACGACGACGAGGAAACAUCGGAGGAGGGAAGCUAUAGUGAACAUAGCGAGGGUGAGCUGAGUGAGGAAGAAGAAGAAGAAGAAGCCGGGUCCGAGUGGGAAGCCUUGCCGGAAGAAGCGACGCGCACGAGAACGGAGGCGGAAGAUCCGGAAGCGGCGCGAAGGCGCAAAGAAAUUGCCACCGGGAAGCGCCAACUGGAGUUCGCCAGCCAAGCUAGCCUGCGCAUCGGCAACGAUCCGACCAGGGAUCCAGAGCCGCCGAAGCCCGAAGAUGGCGACCCCGCAGCCGCCACCUCAAGUACCACGCGACGGAGACGGAGCCGAUCCCUCUCCUCCCCCAGCCCCACCCGUCCCCCAGUUCGCCCACAUACCAAUGCGGGCGAUAGGCCUUCGUCCUCGAACACUGUCCCGCUGACCCCUUGAUUUCCUCACCCUCGAGCAGAUCCGUACCCCCGUCACCUUCCCCUCCCAUCCUUUCCACCCCAUCUCUUCCGCGACUUCUACUCUACCCGUCU